AUAAAAAUAUUAUGGUGGCAUACUAAUUAAUUUUACUUAAUUUUAAUUUUUCCCUAGUGUUAUUUUCUUUGGAAUUAUUUCCCCAAAUAAAAUCACUCAUCCUCUUCACCCUGCAAGAAUAGCAAACAAAGCGCAGCUUGCCUGCGUCGCCGUGAAUCAGCUAAAGAUGGCGUCGUCCUCCAUAGCCCUACGGGAGAUGCAGCGUGACCUAGAAAACAAAGCGAACGAUCUCAGCCAACUUCAAAAAGAUAUAGCCAAGAACCACCAAGUCCGCAAGAAAUACACCAUUCAGCUCGGCGAAAACGAGCUUGUCGUCAAGGAAUUGGAUCUGUUGGAUGAAGAUGCGAAUGUGUACAAACUGAUUGGGCCGGUUCUGGUGAAGCAGGACCUGGCGGAGGCUAGGGCCAAUGUCAAGAAGCGAAUUGAUUACAUCUCGGCCGAAUUGAAGCGUUUGGAUGCCACUCUUCAAGAUUUAGAAGAUAAGCAGAACAGCAAGAAAGAAAUGAUCUUUAAAUUACAGCAGCGAAUUCAAUCCUCCCAGGCUGGAAAGGGCAAAGCUUAAAUUUACUGUAUUUGGUUCCAGUGAAGAUGAUAUGCAGCUCUGCUAAUUGUGAUUAAUGUGGCACAUUAAUGUAUGGAACAAAGUACUUUGAACCAAUCACUCAUUAUCAGCUAUAAGAUAAAUGGAAUGUUUUGCCCAAUCAAGUAUAAGAUUUUUAACUUUUGAAGGAAGAUUUGAGCAGACAUUUAGUAUUUUUUUCAUUGCUGCACUGUGUAAUUACCUUACAUGUUUGGUUACUGAGAGUGUAAUUAUGCAUUUAUAGGGAAUAUGUUUUUGUAGGAGGUAAUUGAAGUAACCAAUUUUAACCUUUUUCUCCUGGUAUUGG